CGUAGUACAACUCUCUCGAUGGAGCCUUGCUCAGCUGCUUCACCGGCCGGCUGGCCCGGAGCUAUCGGAACCCUCAACCUCGCAUCGUCGUCGCAUAUAAAAAAUCAUUGUUCGCUCCUUUCGUGAGGCCCUGAAGAAGCAAACGCCAACGAUCCUCCUCACCCGGUCAUCGUCGACCUCCUACAUACCCAAAGGCCAAAGAACACCGGCCGGCCGGCGCGGGGACGACGUGCCGGGCAUGGGAAAUUGCCAGACGGCCGACGCGGUGGCCGUAGUCAUCCAGCACCCACCCGGCGGCGGGGUUGGCGGCGGCCGCGUCGAGCGCGCGCACGGCGCCCUCUCGGCGGCUGCAGUCAUGGCCGCGAACCCCGGCCACUACGUCGCUGCGGUCAUCCCCGGUGAUGAUGCCGCGGCGGCAGCAAGCAGGGCGAGGAAGCGGCGGCUGAAGCUGCUCCGCCCCGACGACACGCUCGCGCUCGGCGGCGUCUACCGCCUCGUCAGCUUCGAAGAGGUGCUGAGGGAGUUUGUCUCCAAACGGCACGCCACGCUGAGCCGCCGCAUGGUCGUCGCCACCGCCGCCGCCGACGCUCAGCGGCCGGAGUCGGACCGCUCGCUUGCCCAGGAGCAGGAGGAAGAGCUUCAUCGUGGGGAAGAGAUAGCGAUACCCAAACGUCCUGUAGGUAGAGGCGCGAUUCUCCACCGCCGAGACGAAAUGGGUCACCUGAGGAGCAAACAGGGGAUGAGCAUGGCAAACAAGGCCCAGCUGCCAAGUCCUGAUCAGGAGGCCACUUCCAGUCCACCUGAUCCGACCGCGAACGACCUCCGUCCGUCGGAUCUGGAGCCAGACUUCAGCGCUGCCCUAGUGAUGCUUGGCGGCCGGUUGGGCCUCGCUCGGCAUGGACAGUGGAGGCCCGCCCUGCCGAGCAUUGCAGAAGGGAGCGUUGCGUGCUAAGAGCUUGCUUGUAUUUGACAUGGCUCAUUGGCUCCUUCUGCUUGUUGGUGACUUAAUUUGUGCUUAGAUAACACGCGAGGAAACUUUGUAUACUUCCAUCACAGACUGCUUUUAAUCUCCGUUUUGAAAAAAAAAAUCAGCAGGUGGCAUAAUGAAAUACGUACUCAUCAACUAAUAACCA